AUUUCCUCCGACCUUUUUAUUGUAUGAAUAUUUUUCUUUACGACUCCUUUAUGACCAUAUUAAGCUCCUGCUAUCGCUGCAAGCAGUUGGUCUGCAGAAGCGGGCAUAAGUAGUAUUUUUUGUGCCUGUAAGUGUUUACAGACACAUGAACUCAAAUAGGUUGCUCCACUUGUUCUGCCCUUAUUUCGUCUCGUGAGUAAUUUGGAUGAAUUUAGACCCCUUUCAGCAAUCAUUCGGCUAUUUACAGACACGAGGAAACUCUCUUUCACACACCUGCCUGUGAGAGGUGUAAUAAAUCCCUUACAUUUUAACUAAACCUUGUUGUGCAUGUUGGGAAAGUGGAGUUUGAACCUUAUGAUGUGUAGAAGACGAUUCAAGACAAAGGCCAGAAUACAAGGACUGUCUGUGGGCUACUGUUGACAUGCUGUGUUGUUUGGAUGCAAGGCAGACCCAUGGUAUGAGACUCAAGAGGACAAAUUACUGAAAGGUGAGUUUAUCAAACAUUGCAAACUGUGACACGCUGUAGUUUAAAGAUCUUUUUGUACCUUUUACUGCAGUAACUAAUAACAUACUUACAUCAAAGGUUAAAGCUGACUCUUCAUUUGAUGGUACAAAUCUGCAAGAAGUGUCAAGAAAUGAGAAGGCUGAGAUGACUGCCUUUACCCGUGGAAGGGUUAUAAAUAUAAAAUGUCAGAUCAUGCUGGCAGGGAGUAAAAAAGAAACAAACAAAGCAAGCGCCUCCAUACAAAAGACUGCAGAAUACUGUAAUACUAAUGAAAAGCCCCUUUUCUGCUUCAGAUGAGUAAACGUUCUUCUCUGUUCUUAGCAUGAAACAAACUUUGUUGCAUUUUCCAGAUGACCUUCAAACAAGCAACUGGUGGAAGAGCACUGACGACCACCAUGGCCCCAACCCAGAAGCCCUCCUUUGGGAGCAGCACCCUGGUCACUGUGGAUAUUGUGGUCCUUGUUGUCUACUUCCUGCUGAUUCUGGCUGUGGGUUUCUGGUCCAUGUGGAGAACGAAGCGCAGCACAGUGGAUGGAUACUUCUUAGCUGGCAAGAGUAUGACAUGGUGGCCAGUUGGGGCCUCACUGUUUGCCAGUAACAUUGGCAGUGGACAUUUCAUCGGUCUGGCCGGGUCAGGAGCUGCAGCAGGAAUUGGGGCGAUAGCUUACGAAUGGAAUGGAAUGUUUAUGGUGUUGAUGCUCGGAUGGCUCUUCCUGCCCAUUUACAUUUCCUCCGGGGUAACAACCAUGCCAGAAUAUUUGCAGAAGCGCUUCGGUGGAAGAAGAACGCAGUUAUUUAUCGCCGUCCUGUCCCUGUUUAUUUACAUCUUUACAAAAAUAUCGGUGGAUAUGUAUGCAGGUGCUGUGUUCAUCCAGCUUGCUUUGAAAUGGAACAUCUACCUGGCCGUGGUGCUGCUGCUCGCGGUGACUGCCCUCUACACCGUAGCAGGCGGCCUCGCUGCAGUGAUCUACACUGACGCAGCUCAAACUGCAAUCAUGCUGGCCGGAGCUCUCACCCUCAUGGGUUUUAGUUUUGUUGAGGUCGGAGGUUGGAAUGCGCUGAUGGAGGGAUAUUUCGCCGCCAUUCCCUCGGUCCGUGUCCCCAACUCGACCUGUGGCGUCCCUCGAGAUGACGCUUUUCAUGUAUUCAGAGACCCGGUGCUCUCUGACCUGCCCUGGCCUGGCGUCAUCAUCGGCAUGUCCGUCCCCUCCAUGUGGUAUUGGUGUUCUGAUCAGGUGAUUGUGCAGCGCUCUCUGGCUGCAAAGACUUUGACCCACGCUAAGGGGGGGUCUCUCCUGGCUGCAUACCUGAAAGUUCUGCCUUUCUUUGCCAUCAUGCUCCCCGGGAUGAUCAGCAGGAUCCUCUACCCAGAUGAAGUGGCGUGUGCAGACCCUGACCUGUGCAAGGAGAUUUGUGGGAACUCAGUGGGCUGUUCGGACAUUGCAUAUGCCAAACUGGUUAUGGAGCUUCUCCCUGCAGGACUGCGAGGGCUCAUGAUGGCGGUGAUGAUUGCUGCUCUCAUGUCGUCUCUGACCUCCAUCUUCAACAGCUCCAGCACCAUUUUCACCAUGGAUUUAUGGAAGAGCUUCAGAUCUCGUGCUUCUGAAUGGGAGCUCAUGAUUGUGGGGAGGGUGUUUGUGCUCGUCCUGGUGGCGGUGUCAGUGCUCUGGAUCCCCGUCGUCCAGGCCAGUCAGGGUGGCCAACUCUUCAUCUACAUCCAGUCCAUCAGCACCUACCUGCAGCCCCCUGUAAGCAUCAUCUUCCUCAUGGGCUGCUUCUGGAAGAGGACUAAUGAGCAAGGUGCCUUCUGGGGUCUCGCGAUUGGCCUCACGGUGGGCUGCAUACGCAUGUUGUUGGACUUCGUCUACCCUGCGCCGCUGUGCUUUGAAGAGGACGACAGACCCGGCGUGCUGAAAUACGUCCAUUACCUCUACUUCUCCAUGCUGCUGUCCUUCAUCACCCUGGCUGUGGUGGUUGUAGUCAGCCUGGCUACCGAGGAGCCCAGUCCAGAACAGAUAAGUCGUCUCACUUGGUUCACAAGGUUUGAUCCAGUGAAGACAAAAGAGCAAGAGAUCCCAGAGGAACGCAGACGUACAGAAAGCAGAAAUGGACAAGCCGUCGAUCAAAGGAGAGACUCGGCUUCGUCUGUGUCCAGUCCUCCCAGUCAGUCCAGGUUCAUGUCUGCCAUCUACUGGUUGUGUGGGAUGGAAAGACGAAGUGAGGCGGACAGCGACUCCGUGGCCCCGCCUGCGCCUGAGCAGAUCAUCUGCACUCUGGAUGAAAAGCCAAGUCUACGGCACCUCGUCAACGCCAACCUCAUCAUUUGCCUCUCGGUAACGGUCUUCAUCAUCAGCUACUGGGCUUGAGGGGGAAGAACUCCAAACUGUACGAAAGUAAUUCCUAUCCCCUCGGACUGUUUCACGACGCAACCACAAACUUCAAUGUGUUUUAUUGGAUCCUUAUAGACAAAUAUGAAUGAAAAUACUCUCCAGCACGGCCUGCAUUUCUAUUCAGCUCCUUCCCUGACUCUGACACCCCUAAAAUUGCCUCUAGAAAUUAGCCAAUUAGUAAACAGACUGGUAUGUGAUUUAAUCUCGGUAUUAAUCUAUUAUAUGGCACAACCAACACCCUCUAGCUCCAUGGGCAUACACAGCAGUGGCAACAUAAUACUGUGGGAAUCCUUUUUUUUCUCUCCAGCAAUGAAAGAUGAGCUUUGGAAAUACAGUUGGAGAAAAUCUUUGCGAUAUUUUAUGUAAUAUGAAAAUAUCAGUCUCUAGUUGUGAUUGAUAGUUUACUCAUCAUUUUCUUCCUACUUCAUAAUCAUUUUAAUUUGUGCUGGUCAAUGGUAAAUAAACUUAAUCUAUAAAGCCCUGUUUGCAUUCAAACACAGAUAUUCACAAACGGGUAAGUGGCUCAGCACACAAUCUGGGGUUAAAUGACAGAGGAGAAAACUGGAAUCAAACCCACAACUUUAAGCCUGAAACACACCUACUUUAUCCAUUUAGCCGCAGUCGCUCAUAAAAUACAUUGAACCAUUUGGUCACGUGGCUGUGAAAAUGUCUGAGGUGGUACAAAUGCUGCAAAUAUAAAAUAUGUACAUAUUAUGUUAAACUGGAGUUAGCCGAAAUUAACCAGAAUAGUGAUAUUUUGUCCUUUAAAAUACUGUUUCUAUAUAUUAUUUGCAAAGUGAAUUAUAUUCAAAGUAAAGCCUGAAGAACAAUCUCAUGAGUUCACAUUCAGCGUUGUUUUUUUUAUGUGUCUUACUGGGUAAAUAUCUGUACUUGCAACCUAUUUUCUAAAGAUUUGAAUAAAACUAAUUAUGUAGAACUAUGAUGCAUUGUGUGCCAAAGAGUAAAAAAGACCACAAAGUCGUAGUGAAUUGCUUUCAAAGAAAAAAUAAAAUAAAAUAAAGAUUUUUAAUGUUUUUUCUGUAUUUGGUCGAAGCUUUGAUUUUGGAGUAGGAGUGAUUACAAAAAGAAGAUUGUCCCUUUUAACAAUAAAAGCAAAUCUUGACUCAUCAAAUAGGACUUUUCCCAUUUCAAAAUCAGCUUAGUGGACGUCAAAAAGGAAUCCUGAUUAAAAAUGUGACAAUCAAACCUCACCCUGUUGUCGUCUUCAAGACGUCUCUGUAAAACCACCUGAAAAUGCAGCAACGAGCUCUGAACAGGCCAUUAGCGGAAGACGACUGCAUCUCUUAUUGCACCCUUCCCAAUGUAUUUGGUCAUCGCAACUCUUAAUCUGUGCUAAACAACUCACAAUCAUCUUUGGCCUGUUAGCUUUCUUAAUACCGCCCUGCAGACUGUGAACAUUUCAUUUCUGUCGGAUGAAACAGCCAAAUUUGGAGGAUGAAAAUUCUGUUUAGCUUCACGAUAAAUAACAGUUUGAAUUCAAAUGUCAGAGGUUAAAAUCUCAAAACAAAAGCUAAAACUGCACUCAGAUGCUCGUCUCCAUAAGGAUUCUUAAGCUUUGACACUUUGGCAUAAAAACAAAGAGAGGUACAAAAAGGUGAAACUUCUCCAGCAUUCUUCCCCCUUCCCUCCCCCCCCCCCUCAGUUAAGCUGCUGUAUAACUCGGGUCCUUUAAGCUUUGGCUCUGCAAUUCAAUUUUUAGACACCUAGCAGAGCGUGCAUCGAUAAGAGUUCAAUGUUGGAAGCGAUGGCUGCACAUGGGUUUUGUGGUGUAAGCCACCACCUUACAACGAGGCUUCUGGUUUGACUCAGUGGAGCAGACAAAGUAU